AGCCACCGCUGCCGCACGUUUCAACCAAAAUAUAAGGGAAAAAAGAUCACAGCAGAAAGUUUAACAAAAAAGCAAGUGCACAUUGGGAGCAAACAUUGAAUCACUUCAAUUCUGAUUUAAAAUCAAACGGCACGAAGACAUUUGUUUAGUCUUCCAUCAAUACACUCAUCCUUAUUGGUUGCUGUGCAUGUGCAUUCGUGCUCAUUUGCUUGUGUCUGGUCUUGCGAAGCAACAGCCGUUGGCAAAAUCAAGUGUUCGACCUCUUGAACGGUUCGACUCGAGCGAACGGGCGAGCGAGAAAAAUCGGCAGCGGUCCAAAGUAAUUUGGUGUCAAUCGAAUCAGUUUUAUUGAAGUGGGAAAGAUGGGGCGUACAGCGAAGGGAGCCGCUUCACGGCGUGGAAGUGAAUCAUCGAGCGGAAGUGACAGCAGUUUGGAUUUCUUGGGACGUCCACCAAGCCAUGAUCCGAGCGAAAGUGGAAGCAGUGGAAGCACCGAUUUUCUAGGACGUCCAGUAAGCCGUGACCCGAGCGAGUCAGCAAACGGAUCCAAAUCAGAUGGAAAUCAAUCGCGUCGCGACCGAAAACAGACACGUCCACGACGACGAAGUCGAGUUUAUGAUGAAAUGGUACGACUGCAGGACACGACCAAUUUGCUGAUUCCUCGGCGGCCAUUCCAAAUGCUUGUUCGCGAAGUUCUACAGAAAUUUAUGCCCGACGGUCGUAUGCAAAGCUCCAGCUUGGAAGCGAUACAAGAAGCUACGGAAGAAUUCAUUAUACAAUUGUUGGAAGACGGAUAUUUACUGGCACUUCAUCGAAGUCGAGUCACAUUGCUUCCAAAGGAUAUCGAUACAGUUUUGCUCAUUGAUCGUGCUCGUUCAAUGUUCCGACCGCGGUGAAAUGAUUUCAAAGUGAUCCAAGAGAAAACCGAAAAUAAACAUGCAUUCGAACGAUUGAAUUGAGAUUAUUGUAUCGUAUUUUAAUCGUCAUAUUGUUUGAUCAUAGGAAACACAAAAUAAAUGC